AUGGACACAGCUUUUCUUGAUAGUCUUGCCUACUUUUUUUACUUUAUCGACUUGUAUUCUCUCAUCCCUUUAACGGAUCUUUGGCCUCUUUCGUUACUCCCUUGCCGUUUGAUUGAUUCGCUAGUCACACGACUUUUAAGACAGGAAGAAAAGGAAACACGAAAGCCACAAGGCAAGAUCGAAUUGUGUUGUUUAUGGGUAGAAGAAAAGCCCGUUUCCCAGUUAAUCAGCGAAAAAACUGACUGUUUUCAUAGUUCUCCGAUCGCGCCGAGUGACGAAGCUGAAACAUCAGUGACAUCGUUUCAGCCGACACUGUCUUCACUGAACGUUCUGAUCGCUCCGAAGAGUCGAGUGGCGUCGUGGUUGAAUCGAGAAAGGAGAAGAGGGUCUUCUGCAAGUAUUUCCACGCCUAUUGAAGGAAAUGGAAGUUUGACUUGUACCAUUAUGUAGAAUAGAAUGAAGAUUGACGUUGC